AUGGCCGAAAUGCCGCUUCAGAAGAAAGGCAAGAAGUCAGAAGAUGGCAUCGGCAGCAUGGUGGAUUUCUUACUGGCCAAUGCCAGGCUGGUACUCGGUGUCGGGGGUGCAGCCAUGCUGGGCAUUGCCACGUUGGCGGUCAAAAGGCUCAUUGACCGCGCAGCGUCGCCUCCGGACGAGAAAGACGCAGAUGGGAAGCUAGAACAGAAAUCUAUAGAAGAAAGCUGGAAGGAAGCCGUCCUGCUGAAGGCUUCACCCAAACUUGUGCGAAAAGCAACCCGUUCCGACUUGAGCGCCGCUUUACCAGUCCCUGAGCCCAGCAGGCCCGAGCAAGAUGCCGCAGCUUCAAGUGCAAAUCCCGAGCAGCCCCCCGUGGCUGAGAAGACCCCCAUGUGCUUCACCUUACAGGAGACCCUGCUGCACUACUACACCCAUGAUGCACUGGUGCCAGAAGCUCAGACACAAGCUGUAAAGCGGCUGGUGCUGGACAUCAUGGGCGAACUGCAAAACUUCCUGAAAUCCAAGCACCCUGAGAUGCCUUUCUCCGCCAUGCAGCUGGGGGGCUCCCUAGGUAACUGCCUCCCCGUCACCCAUUUGGACCGCGCUCAUAUAUUGCUGCCCCUUAUUCUCGAACCGGAUCUGUGGACCUUUGUACCAGGAGAGGAAACGAUCCACGGUGACCCCCGAUUUUGGUUGAUUAAAAGGGUUAACUUGGAGUACACGGCGCGGGGGAGCAGCCCCUGGGAUCGGUUCAUGCUGGGGGGCUAUCUUUCCACCAGGACGAUCGUGGAGUCCUUACACAAGACCAUCGUAGGGUCCAUCAAUUGGCCGGCCAUCGGCACCGUCCUGGAGUGCAGCAUCCGGCCCUUCGUUACCCCCGACGACGUUAGACUAGAGGUCAUCCACUGCGACUUCACCACAACCAUCAACGUCCUACCGGUGGCUGAAACCGAAGAGGCGGUCCUGCUGGCGCACUCCUCCUCUGCUGCCCUGGCCGAAAAUCUCUGGCGGCGCAGCUAUUACCGCGAGGAGAUCCGCCACCUUCAGGAGCUGGACGGCAGCGUUGCUGGCAUCCGGCAGAAGUGUCUACACGUACUGAGAAGUAUUUGUCACCGCCGCUCGGAGCUCCGGCCUCUGUCCCCGACCCACUUAAGACACGCCCUCCUGCACCUCAGUAAGGACUCCUCCGAUUGGUCAGAGUCCAGUAUGGCCGACCGCUUCCUGCAGGUCAUAGAGGCGCUCAUCGGGCAUCUGGGCAGCGGGUCCCUCCCGUGUUAUUUUAAUGAAAAAGUCAACUUGUUCUGGGGCCUGACGGAGGAGGAGAUCGACGAGAUCGGGUAUGGACUGUAUCAGAUCUUUUCCGAUCCCAGCUCGCUGCUGACAAAGUGAGGCCAUCGGGAUCUGCGGACCUAAAAUCACAGAAUUGCACAGAACAGGAGCGGCGCACCGAUAUGGAACGACGUGGCGUUCGUAGACCCAUCUGGAAGUUCCAGGCAAUCGUCUUGGUGGAAUUUAUAUGUUUAAAUAAUGGACUAAAGGAAAAAAAGAAA